AUGUCGGCAGCGCAAGGUGCGGCCGCCGUAUCGGCGCUGACGCACGAUCCGCUGGACGUGGUCGGACAGGACGUGUCGGCGGUGCGCCAUAGCAUAGCGGCUCUGCUGGGAAGUGGUCAGCCGUCGCUGGACCGCAUCGCCAAGUACUACUUUGCGGCGGAAGGCAAGCAUGUGCGCCCCAUGAUAGUCCUGCUCAUGGCCAAGGCAACGAAUGGGCUGAGCGCGGCAUGGGGCGUGCAGCGUGCGCACGCGAUCGGCGAGGAUGUCGACAGGCCGAUGAACCGCGAGACUGUGCUUAACGACGUGAAUCCGACGGCGCCGGUGCCGCCGGCUGUGGGCACAGCGCGCCCGCUGCCGGCACAGUACGAGCCGGCGCUGCAACAUACGAUCCUGCCGACGCAGCGGCGGCUCGCAGAGAUCACCGAGAUGAUCCAUGUUGCGUCGCUCUUGCAUGACGACGUGAUCGAUGCGUCGCCGCUCCGCCGCGGGGCGCCGUCGGCGCCGUCGACGUUUGGAAACAAGCUGAGUAUCCUAGGCGGUGACUUUCUGCUGGGCCGUGCGUCGAUUGCGCUUGCGCGCCUGCGUGACCCGGAGGUGACGGAGCUCAUGUCAACGGUGAUUGCGAACCUUGUCGAGGGCGAGGUCAUGCAACUGCGCGUGCAAGAGUCGGUAUCGGAGCGGGUGCCCGUGACGGAUCUGCCGUCGACGAUGCCGUCCGCGGAGGAGCUCGAGCGCUUUUGGACGGCCUAUGAGCCACACACGCGUGAUGCUGAUGUGGCGCCGACGCGCCGCCAGUUCCAGGUCUAUCUGCAAAAAACGUAUCUCAAAACGGCGUCGCUGAUGGCCAAGUCUGCGCGCUCCGCCGCGGUGCUAGGCGGGUGCGGCGAGUGGGCGACGCAGACCCCGGCCCAGCGUGCAGACGCCGCAGCGGUGUGUGAUGCCGCCUAUGCAUAUGGUCGGCACGUCGGUAUGGCGUUCCAACUCGUCGACGACCUGCUCGACUUUCGCGCAACGACCGAGGCGUUCGGCAAGCCGUCGGGCGGUGCAGACCUUAAGCUCGGCCUUGCCACGGCGCCUGUGCUCUAUGCAUGGCAGGAACUCGCUGACUCGCCUCUCGGCACGCUCGUUGCGCGCCGUUUUGGCGAGCCUGGCGAUGUUGAGCAGGCGCUCGAGCUCGUGCACCGCUCGCAGGGCCUCGAACGCACGGCGCAGCUCGCCCGAUACCACACCGAGGCCGCGCACAAGGCGCUGUCCGUGCUGCCGACGAGCGACGCACGCGCCGCGCUCGCGCAGCUAAACGAGCAGAUAGUGACGCGUGUCAAGUAG